GGGGAGAUCGAGGACGGCGGGGCCUAGGCAGGCCAAGCAUGCAGUUUCCCCCGCGGUGGGAGUCGGGAGACCCUCGUGCGUGGGCAGGACAGGUUCGGGGGACGCGCAGGAUGAGCCCCUGGACCACGGGCACCUUCUUGCUGACAGUGUACACCAUCUUCUCGAAGGUGCACUCUGAUCGCGAUGUGUACCCAUCUGCUGGUGUCCUCUUUGUUCAUGUUUUGGAGAGAGAGUCUUUUAAGGGAGAAUUUCCACCUUACCCCAAACCUGGAGAGAUUAGUAAUGAUCCCAUAACAUUUAACACAAAUUUAAUGGGUUAUCCAGACCGACCUGGAUGGCUUCGAUAUAUCCAAAGGACACCGUAUAGUGAUGGAGUCCUGUAUGGGUCUCCAACAGCUGAAAAUGUGGGGAAACCAACAAUCAUUGAGAUAACUGCCUACAAUAGGCGUACCUUUGAGACUGCAAGGCAUAAUCUGAUAAUUAAUAUAAUGUCAGCAGAAGAUUUCCCGUUACCAUAUCAAGCAGAGUUCUUCAUUAAAAAUAUGAACGUGGAAGAAAUGCUGGCCAGCGAGGUCCUCGGAGACUUCCUGGGGGCAGUGAAAAAUGUGUGGCAGCCGGAGCGUCUGAAUGCCAUCAACAUCACGUCGGCUCUGGACAGGGGCGGCAGGGUUCCGCUCCCUAUCAACGACAUGAAGGAGGGUGUGUAUGUCAUGGUUGGUGCAGAUGUCCCGUUUUCUUCUUGUUUACGGGAAGUGGAAAACCCACAGAACCAGUUGAGAUGCAGUCAAGAAAUGGAGCCUGUAAUCACCUGUGAUAAAAAAUUUCGUUCUCAAUUUUACAUUGACUGGUGCAAAAUUUCGCUGGUUGAUAAAACAAAGCAAGUGUCCACCUUUCAGGAAGUGAUUCGCGGAGAGGGGAUUUUACCUGAUGGUGGAGAGUACAAACCCCCUUCUGAUUCUUUGAAAAGCAGAGACUAUUACACGGAUUUCCUAAUUACAUUGGCUGUGCCCUCGGCAGUAGCACUGGUCCUUUUUCUAAUACUUGCUUAUAUCAUGUGCUGCCGACGGGAAGGCGUGGAAAAGAGAAACAUGCAAACACCAGACAUCCAACUGGUCCAUCAUAGUGCUAUUCAGAAAUCUACCAAAGAACUUCGUGACAUGUCCAAGAAUAGAGAGAUAGCCUGGCCCCUGUCAACGCUUCCUGUGUUCCACCCUGUGACAGGGGAAAUCAUACCUCCUCUCCACGCAGACAGCUAUGAGAGCACUAACAUGCCACUGAUGCAAACACAGCAGAAUUUGCCACAUCAGACUCAGAUUCCCCAACAGCAGACUACAGGCAAAACACACUAAAGCCUUUUCAGGACUCCAAAUUCACAUCCAAACAUGGCAACAAGCUUACAAAGUACAGAAUUUUAUGAUCUAUGUCAGGCGCAGAUGGUUCUCCUGGGAUGUGACUCCUCUUGAUAUGGAGACGUAUACUAAAACUGUGAGUAAUAUGCCCCAGUCCCGGAACCCAGCACAGAAUGGUGGGAUAGGGACUUGAUAAAGACGAUGGAUGCUUUCUUAAAAAAAAGAAAAAGGCUUAGGGGACACAUCACAGUCAUUGAUUUGUUUUCCAUUGCUGUACAGAAAUUUUCACAAAUUCAGCAGCUUAGAACAAUACCGAUACAAAUGAAUUGUCUUAUGGAUUCCCUGAGCCUGGUGUCUGGGUAUGGAUUUGGUGAGUCCUCUGCUCAGGGUCUCACCAGGAUGAAAUCAAGAUGUUGGUCUGGGCUGUGGUCUUACUGGAGACGCGGAAUGCUCUUCCAAGAUCACGGAUUGGUGGAGGAAUUCAGUCCCUUGUGGUUGUAGUACUGAAGUGCUUGCUGUCUUAGUGGUUAUAGGUUGAGGACAACCUCAGUUCCUUGCCAUGUAGUUUGUCCCCUACACUGUUUGUUGUUUGUGACAUGGUGCAGUGGUUCCUCCUGUCUGCUCUUUCACUUCCCCGUAGUCUCAGUUACCCAAGGUCAGUUGUGGUCUGAAAAUAUUAAAUGGUCAAUUUCAGAAAUAAACAAUUCACAGGUUUUUUAAAUGUAUGCCAUUCUGAGAAUUAUAAUGAAAUCUUAUAUCAUCCUUCUUCAUCCGGCGUGGAGUGGGAGUCAUCCCUUUGUCUAGGGAAUCCACGUUGUAGGCAAUACUUGUCUGCUGGUCACUUGGUAGCCAUCUGGGCUAUUAGGUUGACUGUGGUGGUAUCAGUGCUUGUGUCAAGUAAUCCUUAAUAACGGCUCCAAAGCACCAGGGUAGUGAUGUUGGCAAUUCAGAGAGGCCAGAGAAGAGCUAUAAAGUGAGAAGGUGAGUUCAGUAUAAUAAGCUAAGUUGAGAGAGAGACCACAUUCAUAUAACUUCUAUUAUAGUACAUUGUUACCAUUGUUCUAUUGUAUUCUUAGUUAUUGUUGUUAAUAUCUUACUGUACCUCAUGUAAAAAUUAAACUUUAUCAUAGGUAUGUAUAAGGAAAAAAUAGUGCAGGGAUGGACAACAGUAGGUUUAUAGUUGUUCAUGUGGAAAAUAAUACAGUAAUUCAUAAAUAAUACAAGAAUAAACUCUGUUCACGUACUCUACUUGUGCCCUGCCCUGUGUCUAAGCUCUGGGAAACCCUCAUACAUAGCUAAGAAUUCUUUGAGGGGAAAUAAUGUUUUGGUGAUUGAGUCAAUAGGAGAAUGAAGCCAUAAUUAAUCAUUUUCAAAUGUUCUCUUAAUAAAAUGCUGAUUUUUCUUUUUCUUUAACGAUGAACGUAACUUAAAGCUUGUCUUUUUCUUGGUAAUCUGUAAGUGCUCGUUGUAUAGCAAAGAUGAUGACCUUUUGUCGCAUUUCGCAAAUACUUUCCCCAGUUG